AUGAACUUUGUAGGGAGAGUGUUUAACUCUGUAACAGAUCUCUAUAAAGAUAUGCAUCCAGGACAAAUAAGCGGAGCCAAUGAUAUAAUAGUCUGUAAAACAGCAAAGGGAUUCCACUCUACUGGAUUUCAUGCCAGAUUCGGGAAUGUGCAGUCAUUUAAAACAUCCCGAGAGGUAAUUUUAACCGUGAAUGACCGAGUGGUGAAUGUUGAGGCUCGCUUAGACAGAGAGGGGAAUGUCUUUUUCUCCUUCCACAAUCAAAGCCACCCAGACCAUCCCUUAGUAAAUGUUCCCUUUAAGUCCUUCAAAAUGUUCAUUGAGUCAGACGACAAUUAUGCUUUCCUUCUUUCAAACUAUGAAAGAAUCCACGAGUGCAUACGAAACAGGCAGUACGUAUUUAGUGAAUGCAUGUUUAAACAAGUGGUGCCCAAUAAGAUAGAGGAGGUCUUUAAUGAGCACCGAAUUAAAAUGUUUUUGGGGGAUGACAUGGUUGUUAUUGGGUUAUUUGAGGCUGGCAGCCCAGAGAUUGUCUUUUACAUGACAUUCUGUCUGUUCAGCGAGCUGUACUUCUGUGUUGAGAGAAGAGAAGGGCAGAGAAUGUACGAGUCUAGUGAAGCAGAUGGAGUGGAUGGAAUGAAUGAAAAGUAUACAGAAAAGUUCUUGAUCAAGCAAUUACUUAGAAAAAGAGUGCGGAUAGAGCAGUCCCCAGAUAGAAGAAAAAGAGAAGUCUAUUUGCCAGAUACCUACAUAGAAAAAAUGCAUUUGGUGCCUGGGCCAAACAAAACAGUAUACAGGCUUUCCGGGACACCAAUAUUUCUGACAUGCAACAUAUACCUAUGGAAUGAAACAGAUAAAAUCAUUAUCUCAGAUAUUGAUGGGACUGUUACAAAAAGCGAUAUUGUUGGCUAUAUUUAUGGUGCAAUGGGAAAGGACUGGACACAUCUGGGCAUUGCAGCGCUGUAUAAUAAGAUUGUAGAAAAUGGGUAUAAAAUUGUGUACUUAUCAUCCCGCCCAAUUGGGCAUAUUGGGUUUACAAAGGCAUAUCUGGAAAGAGUUGAGCAGGAGGAGCAGAAUCUUCCAGCCGGCCCUGUAAUUCUAUUCCCAGGCCGGCUUUUAUCUGCGAUUUAUAGAGAAAUGGUACAGGGCCCAGAAGAAUUCAAAAUUUCAGUAAUUUCAGAAAUAAAAGGGCUGAUGUCUCAAGGCAGAAUAUAUGCUGGAUUCGGGAACAAGGAAAGUGAUAGAAUUGCGUAUGAAGUGUGUGAAAUAGACCCUGGGCGUAUUUUUAUAGUCAAUACAAUGAGUGAGAUAUCUACAGGAAGAAAAGGAAUUGUAAAACUAACACACUGCAGUUUAUAUGAUAUUGUAGAUGGUGUGUUUCCACCAGUUAGGCAAUUAUAA